AUGACCUCUCACAGCUCAAAUGAUGUUGAGAUUUGGAUUUUAGGCACAGGAACUGCUGCACUCGCUUCAGCACUCUUCCUUCUCAAGUAUAAUUCCAUCAAGCCCUUUAAUAUCCAUCUGUUGGACUCUCAUUCUUCAGUUGACCAGGUUUUACAUUAUCCUGGCAACUCAGGCACAGGAUAUGACCAAUUUGCGGGGUGCUUGCCGGUACCAAUCGGUGCACCUCUAAGAGACCUUCUUUCAUCAAUCCCAUCUUCUCAAAAUUCAAGGAUAUCUAUCUUUGAAGAGAUUAAUAAUCGACAAAAGCAGAGAUAUCCAGUCAAUCAUAAUCAAAGAACAUGUUUUGUGAUUAAAAAAAAUGAUUCCCUAGAACAAAUCUCAACAGACCAUCUGAAUUUAAGCAUUAGGCAGCGUCUAAAGCUUUUAUUCUUCAUGCUUAAGUCUGAAGACAGCUUAGGCAGAAGUCAAAUUCGGGAGCACUUCUCCGAGAAGUUUUUCAAAAGUAUCUUCUGGGCUGUCUGGUCAGCGCAAUUUUGCUUCCAACCUUGGCAUAGUGCAACAGAAUUCAAAAACUCUCUAAAGCAGUAUUUGCAUGAGUUUCAAGGAUUGAGUAUUUUGAACUGUCUCGAUAUCACUGGUUACUACCAACACGAAUGUAUAUUUCUUCCCAUUUAUCAUUAUCUCCGAAGUUUAGGCGUGGACUAUCUGUUCAACGCGAAGGUCAAAGAGAUAUCUUUCGCCAUUGUUGGUCACGAUCUGAAGCCACAAAGGUUGAGCUUUUCACACCGCGAACACAUUGUCACGAGAAACAUUGGUCCGAACGAUUGCCUUAUAGCCGCGCUUGGAUCGACCGUCUCAGGCUCUCAAAAAGGUACAAAUAGCCAGCCGCCUCAAUGGAACUCAAUCUGGUCAAAUGAUAAUCUUGAUGAUAACUGGUCGCUAUGGUUGGAACUUGGCAACAAGGACAGGACCUUUGGUGAUCCAUACAAUUUCUGCGCCCGUCAAUCGGAGUCAAUGUUAGAAUCUUUCACCAUUACCACGGAGGAUACGGUACUAUUUCAGGAUUUUGAAGCCAUUACUCGACAGAAAUCUCAGGCUGGGACUUAUAUAUCCUUGCAAGAAAGCUCUUGGAAACUGGUUCUCUGCGUUCCCCUACAACCAGUUUUUGCAGAUCAGCCAAGGAAUGUACGGGUUCCGAUGUUACAUUGCUCGGGAUCUGAACUAUUGACCGAAAUAUGUAGGCACCUUGGCCUGACUCAUGAAUCCGCAAGACAUCGUACUAUAACCAUCCCCCGUGUCAUGCCACGAAUGAGUGCAGCAUAUUUAACACGCCAAUCCAGUGAUCGCCCUUGCACGAAACCGAAAGCUACUUCAAACAUUGGUUUGAUUGGUCAAUUUGUUGAUCUUCCACCAUACACCGCUGUCGACUUAAGCUAUGGUAUCCGUACAGCUGAAGCAGCUGUGUCCCAGCUUCUCGAUUCUGCUAUUUCAGACCCUGAGAGAAAAGUCUUCUUUGGUACGUAG